UGUCAGGAGGGUUUCCCCCCCCCCCAAGCGCAGUCGUUUCAAAUGUUCUCCCUUCCCGCCGGAAUAAUGCUGUCAGUGGAUAUACAUUUGACGUUUUGGGAUAACGAGACACGUCUAAUGGAUCGGGUGAAGACGCUGAAGAGGCCGACAUUUUAAGACUGUUUAAUAAUUAGGCGGCGCCGCACUUACUGGGUUGUCCGUGUCUCUGGUCUACCGGGCCGGUUCACUGCGCAGGUUUGGACCGCGCGCCAUUUUGUGAAAAUUGACACAAAAUUCCAAAGCCAAAUUACCAGAGGACGCGGGUCGUGUUUCGUGUUAAAAAUACACGGACUGCACCCGCGCUACCGAGCGGGUCGUGGAGGUCGACGCCAAUUUUACAAAGACUGCGUAAAAUCUGUUUGACGUACCUUUUAUUUAGCGGCGGCCACGAUUGUUAGCUUGAGGCUAGCCUGGGAAACUAGCGCUAGCCAGGACAGGUAGCUAACGUUAGCUGCGUUCAUUUUGUCAACUAGCUAGCCAAUUCGCUAAGGUUAGCUAGUGACUUAUGUGUGCUAGUUAACGUUAGCAUGUUGCUAGUCAUCAGCUGAUGGUAACGUUACUCUAAUGUUGCUCCGAUUGUCGACGCCGUUCAACUGAAUAUCUAUGGAAAUGAAGACUUUAUUAGAUCUGCCUGGUGAAUUGUAGUAUUUGCCGGUCCGAGGAAGGGGGGGUCGGAUUUAGUUAUCAAUACUCGCUAACCGUGCAGGGAGGGGAGAAUCACCAAGCUGGAGAAGUUUCCUCAUCAUACAGGUUAUUGGAGUUUAAAUGAAGAUCGUGCCAUCAGAGUUGCUUUGCUGCUGGACUCUCCUCCCAGGAUGAUAUGGAAUUUUUGCAGAAGAUGCAUCCAGGAGGAGAGACUUCAGCAUGCAAACCUUCGUCUGUCCGGCUUGCGCCCUCUUUUUCUUUACACACUGCUGGUCUUCAGAUGGCUGCUCCAAUGCCCCAUACGCACCAGCAGUACAGUGACCGCCACCAGCCAAGCACUGACCAAUCUGUUACGGUCCUACCGUACAGCGACCAGACACCACAGCUCACUGCCAAUCAGAGGCACAUGCCCCAGUGCUUUCGUGACCCAACUUCAGCUCCCCUGAGGAAGCUCUCCAUUGACCUUAUCAAAACAUACAAACACAUCAAUGAGGUUUAUUAUGCAAAAAAGAAGCGACGGCACCAACAGGGUCAGGGCGAAGACUCCAGUCACAAAAAAGAAAGGAAAGUCUUCAAUGAUGGCUAUGACGAUGAUAACUAUGACUACAUCGUCAAGAAUGGGGAGAAGUGGAUGGACCGAUAUGAGAUUGAUUCCUUGAUAGGAAAAGGAUCCUUUGGACAGGUUGUGAAAGCAUACGACCGGGCAGAGCAGGAAUGGGUCGCCAUUAAGAUCAUCAAGAACAAGAAAGCUUUCCUCAAUCAAGCCCAGAUUGAAGUGCGCCUCCUAGAGCUCAUGAACAAACAUGAUACCGAGAUGAAAUACUACAUUGUUCACCUAAAGCGGCACUUCAUGUUUCGGAACCACCUCUGCCUCGUGUUUGAGAUGCUUUCAUAUAACCUGUACGACCUGCUCCGAAACACCAACUUCCGCGGCGUCUCGCUCAACCUCACCCGGAAGUUCGCCCAGCAGCUAUGCACGGCACUGCUUUUCCUGGCCACGCCCGAGCUCAGCAUCAUCCACUGUGACCUGAAGCCCGAGAACAUCCUCCUAUGUAACCCCAAGAGGAGCGCCAUCAAAAUAGUGGACUUUGGCAGUUCGUGCCAGCUUGGACAAAGGAUAUAUCAGUAUAUCCAGAGUCGCUUCUACCGCUCCCCAGAGGUGCUUCUGGGAAUGCCCUACGAUCUGGCCAUUGACAUGUGGUCCUUGGGUUGCAUCUUGGUAGAGAUGCAUACAGGCGAACCUCUCUUCAGUGGAGCCAAUGAGGUGGACCAGAUGAACAAAAUAGUGGAGGUUCUCGGCAUCCCACCUAAUCACAUAAUGGACCUAGCCCCAAAAGCCAGGAAGUUCUUUGAGAAGCUUUCAGAUGGCACAUGGAGUGUUAAAAAGACCAAAGAUGGCAAAAGGUAUAAACCUCCAGCUUCACGGAAGCUCCACUCCAUCCUGGGUGUGGAGACAGGGGGGCCGGGUGGGCGGCGGGCAGGGGAGUCUGGCCACGCCGUCGCUGACUACUUGAAGUUUAAGGACCUGAUCCUACGGAUGCUGGACUACGACCCCAAGAGCCGCAUCCAACCCUACUAUGCCCUGCAGCACAGCUUCUUCAAGAAGACUGCGGACGAAGGGACCAAUACAAGCAGCAGCGUGUCGACGAGCCCCGCUUUAGAGCAGUCCCAGUCUUCAGGAACCACCUCCAGCACCUCCUCCAGUUCAGGAGGCUCAUCUGGAACAAGCACCAGUGGCAGAGCAAGGUCAGACCCUACCCAUCACCACUUACACAGUGGAGGACACUUUGGCACAGCCAUGCCAGCCAUUGAUGGAGACAGCCUCUGCCCACAGGCUCGACAGGCCUAUCCACCUCCACUGGUGUGGGGAGGUGGAGUCGGACCAGAGUCGGUCACCGGCGAGACCCACCCAGUCCAGGAGACCACCUUCCACGUUCCCCCUCAGCACCCUAAGGCCCUGCAUCCCCACUCACACACUCAUCACCACCACGGGCAGAUGAUGGCAACACGACCACGCCCACGCCACUACACCUCCCCGACACACAGCUCCUCGACGCAGGACUCCAUGGAGGUGGUUCACGGCCAUCUGUCUAUGACCUCCCUGUCUUCCUCUGCUUCCUCUUCCUCUACAUCUUCCUCUUCCACUGGGAACCAUGGCAACCAGGCCUACCAGCUCCGCCAUUUGCCCGCUGGAGCGCUUGACUUUGGUCAGAAUGGUGGGCUGAGCAUGGGUCUAGGUGCCUUCUCGAACCCACGGCAGGAGACUGGCAUGGCGGCGCACCCUGCAUUCUCCAUGGGCACGAACACGGGGCCUGGCCACUACCUAGCGGAAGGCCACCUGACCAUGAGGCAGGGCAUGGACCGGGAGGAGUCUCCAAUGACUGGAGUGUGUGUGCAGCAGAGUUCGAUGGCCAGCUCGUGACUGCACUGACAUUUGGCUGUGUGUUCCCCCCUGUGCGUCAUUUUUAAGGUGGUGUUUUUUACUACAAGGUGUGUUGAGAAUAAAAGCUGCUCACAUCAGAAGGGAGAUAUCACUGAACCGCUACUACAGAGGGAAAAAAACCUUUGUUAAGAAGUAUAUAUGUAAUUUUCAUCCGUUUUCUUUUGCGACCAUUAGGCACAAAAUAAUACUGCGGAAUAACCAUAGUGAGAUCGAGACAUCCAUCUUACCAUUUCACCAGUUUCAUGUAAUCCCCAUUGGGUAUGAUGUGUCAAAAGGAGCAUUUCAGAGCAGAGUUGGAAGCUGUCAUCACCGAUAGCUAGCUGUCGGCGACGCUGAUGCUUGGCGUCCUCUUUCGGGGACCGCCUGACAUUAUUGUUCCACUGGUUAGUCAUUAUUUUUGCCCUUAUUUUUUUUCAAGCAAAAAUUCACACGGAGAAAAGCUGCUUGUAAAUCCUGUAGCUUGACGUGGAGGGGAAGUGUUUGCGGUGAUAUUUCUUGUCGGUGUCGUGUAACUGUUCGAGGGGAGCGCGUAACAGUGGAGUCCCUGUAAGCGCGUGCUGGCCGGGCGGAGGUGGAUACAGACACCCAAGUGGGUCAAAGGAGAGGGAAGCACCACCCCUCAGUCUAAAAGGCCCAAAGGUCCUUCCUGCAAGCUCCAAACGGGCCUGGCACAGACGAGCGCAGCAGCGGUGGGCAGGGAGACGGCAAGGAGUCCAGUCCAGUGAAAGGAAUAAUGUCGGUGGCUGGUUCUAGAUAACCUUUUGGCCUUAUGACUCAUGGACUUGGAACGGGAUGGAGCUGGACAUUAUCAUUUGAAUUAAGAUGGCUUUUCUCUAUUUUUCUCUCUAGACAGCCCUUAAUUAUUUAAGGAAAUGAAAACAUUUUAGAAAAAGGUAAAUAAGAAUGGUAAUUUGAGGCCUUUCUUGACAAAGAUAUCUUCUUCAGCAGGGCCCCACAUAACAGGGUCUUUAUUGUACACAACAACCUCCUAAACAUGACUUCCUUGAAAAAUCUUAGUCACUGGUAAAGGAUUUUGCUGAGUGGAAAGAACUAUCCCUUUUUAUGUUUUUACCCCCCCCCCCCUCCAACCUUUGCAUGUAGUUCCUCAUCAGAACCACCUGCACAAGUCUCUCCAUCCAAAACAUGGAAACUGAAGAAGAAAAACAAGUUAAGUGACUGCCUUUUUUCUCCUCAAAUUAUGCUGUGAAUUUUACAAGAAUUUAUUUUCCCUUUGGAUAUGUUUUUAUACCAAAGCAGUUGUUUUAUAGCCUAUAGGUGUCUGUAACCAAUAAUGUAGCAGUUCACCACUUUUCACGCAAAGUCUAUCAAGGUCUUAUUUGAACUUCAAUACAAACAGCUGCAAUAUAUUACAUUAGCAAAACUGGAGAGCGUUGUUCAGACCGUUGGCCACCUUUCUUUGCCACCUUUUACCAAAACUGUUUCCAUAUCAAUUGGUGGAUUAUUUUGGGAGUCUUUUAAAACUUUGGUAUGUUAGAGAAUUUGGUAGUUACUCUGCAGGCUCCGGAGUAGCGAGAUAGAAGACGAUGGGGGGUGGGGGGGACUAAUGCGUUCUAUUCCGGUGUUGUCACUUUUCUUUUUCUUUGUCCAUCAUGCAUACUAUUUCAAAGGGUUUUUGCUGCCUUUCAUACAUUUGGUCAACUUGGCUACUUGUUUCUGCCUUCUCGCGAGGCUGAAUGGUUUUCUCUUGCUCGGGAAGAGAGAUCCCCUUGAUUGUUGUCCUCUUGAAAGGGAAAUGGGGUGUCAUGUUUUGCCUGGGCAGACAUGCAUGUCCUCAAAACAUUAGUCAAUAACCAGAUGUUCAUUUCUCCUCCUCUGUUUUAUUCGGGUUUGGUUUUGUUUGUUUUUUGACAUCAGGGAUUUUGAAGUGCUUGCUGUCUUCUGUUACUCGUUUGACCAGCUUUGAAAUUAAGAGAGGAAAUAACCUGCCCACGGCCACCUGUCAAACGGACGACAGGCCACACGUCAUGCUGUUGUCAUUGAAAGGAGAACCCAUACCACAACCAUGCUUGGUCUUUUCCCAUAAACACCCAAUGUAAAGCUACCUAUAUUGAGACUGGGGGGUUUUAUCUGGAUGUCAAGGUUAAUUGCAAAUUUGCAAUCAUUUUUUCCUACCCCGCCGAAUUUGAGAUAUUUAGACAUUUGCCAGUGGUUUUUAUUGCUGGCACCUCGUACUGGUACUAAACAUUCCAAAAAUAAAGACUGAAAAAGACAAAAAAAUUGACUGCAGUGACUCGUAAGUGUGCGCCUAUUUCAGAUCAUGCUGAUUGACCUCUUAUUUAGAGCAGUUGUCAUGAAAUGCAGCCCCUUUUUAAUAGUUGAAAUAGAAUUUAUGUAUAUAUUUAUAUUUUUUUAAUAAAGGAAGUAUAGAACUCACUACCUUGCUCCUGCUGGUAUGUUGAUUAUGUUUGUCAAUUUGGUGACCAUUCAUUGGGCAGGAACUCCUGUUUUCUUAGUGGCAAAACCUUGCCUCGUGGCAACGGUACUUGACUACAUCAGGACAACACUAUGAGGUAGGGUUUGAAUCAAACAGGGAAAGCUAGAUCUUGAAACCUUAAUAAUUUUCACAGGGUAUAUUGUAAGUGCAUGUACAUCACAAACCUUUGUUUUUGGUUCUAUGAGAAGCACAUGGUUGGAAAAAAUCUGAAAAGGUUCCAUCUUUCACACGCCUGUUCAGUUUGUGGGUUCUACACAAACAUGUAUUCUUGUUGACAUAUCUGAACACCCAGCAGAAGUGCAAAUCCUCUUAUUUGAUUUGGAUUUCUCCAAAUUUCUUUCUUUUUUUCGUUUUAUAGUUCACUUUUUUUGUACAUGCAACAUGCACUAUAGAAUUGAACAGCAUGGGGAAAAGGAUAAGUCCAUGUAUCCACAGAUUGUAAGAUCUAGUGAAGACUUUGCUGUGUUUAUGACAAUGCCCUUUGUAUUAUAUUAAGACAGUCUUAUGUAUGAUAUAUAAAAAGAAGUUAAUUGAAA